AAGCAAGCAGAAAACCAGAAAGCAGCAGGGCAGCCGCACUGUCGGGGAGUUCCGCGUUGCUCUGUCCUUAAAACCAAUUUUCUAUUCUAACAUCUUAUUAUACCUAUGCGAAUGUUGGUUUGAUUUUCGAUUCUAUCUAUGUAGACUAUUUCUUUCUUUCUGUUUUUCUAGUGGAGAAAAUAGAGAGAGAGAGAGACAAAGUUUAAUUACUCUCUGCAUUUGCGUUGUGUGGUGUCCAUCCGUACACUUGAAGGCAUGCAUAGAUUGUGUUGAUACCUACCAGUGUCUCACAUUUGAUCAAAAAAGAAUUCGGUAACAAUGGAAUCAGAGGCAGAGAUUGGGGCAAAGGCGAUCAAGAGUGUCAGUGGUCAGGUAUGUCAAAUCUGCAGUGAUAACGUGGGCGAAGCUGUCGAUGGUGAACCAUUUGUGGCUUGCCAUGUCUGUGCUUUUCCUGUCUGCAGGCCAUGCUAUGAAUAUGAGAGGAAACAUGGGAACCAGUCAUGCCCACAAUGCAAAACUAGAUACAAGAGGCACAAAGGUAGCCCUGCUAUCCUUGGAGACACAGAAGAAAAUGGUGAUGCUGAUGAUGUUGCCAGCAAUUUUAAUUACCCUUCUGAAAAUCAAAAUCAGAAGCAGAAAGUUGCAGAAAGAAUGUUGAGCUGGCAAAUGGCACAUGAUAGGGGGGAAGAUGUUGGGGCUUCAAGUUAUGAUAAAGAGGUUUCACAUAACCAUAUUCCGCUGCUUGCCAGUGCACAGGAGGUCUCGGGGGAGUUGUCUGCUGCAUCACCUGAUCACCUUUCUAUGGCAUCUCCCAGAGUUGGUGGAAAGCCUAAUUUUAGGGGUGUGGAUCCAGUAAGAGAGUUUGGUUCCCCAGGGUUAGGCAAUGUAGCCUGGAAGGAGAGAGUUGAUGGCUGGAAAAUGAAGCAGGAGAAGAAUGUUAUGCCUAUGAGCACUGGCCAGGCUCCUUCAGAAAGGGGUGCCGGAGAUAUUGAUGCCAGCACUGAUGUGCUUGUAGAUGAUUCGUUACUGAAUGACGAAGCUAGGCAGCCUUUAUCUAGGAAGGUCUCCAUUCCAUCAUCCAAGAUAAACCCUUAUAGGUUGGUCAUUAUUCUGCGGUUGGUCAUUCUGUGCUUUUUCUUGCACUACCGGAUAACAAAUCCUGUUCCUAAUGCCUAUGCUCUUUGGUUGGUAUCUGUGAUAUGUGAGAUAUGGUUUGCAAUAUCUUGGAUACUGGAUCAAUUCCCUAAGUGGCUUCCUGUGAACCGUGAAACAUAUCUUGACAGGCUUGCUCUGAGAUAUGAUCAUGAAGGAGGACCUUCACAAUUAGCUGCUGUUGAUAUUUUUGUGAGUACUGUUGACCCGUUAAAGGAGCCUCCUCUUGUGACAGCCAAUACUGUGCUGUCCAUCCUUGCAGUUGACUACCCAGUUGACAAGGUCUCAUGCUAUGUCUCUGAUGAUGGUGCUGCAAUGUUAACAUUUGAAGCACUGUCUGAAACAUCAGACUUUGCCAGGAAAUGGGUACCUUUCUGCAAGAAAUAUAACAUUGAACCUCGGGCUCCUGAGUGGUAUUUUGCACAAAAGAUUGACUACUUGAAGGAUAAAGUUCAAACAUCAUUUGUCAAAGACCGUAGAGCUAUGAAGCGAGAAUACGAAGAAUUUAAAGUUCGAAUUAAUGGGCUUGUUGCAAAGGCCCAAAAAAUUCCUGAAGAAGGAUGGAUCAUGCAGGAUGGUACGCCAUGGCCUGGUAACAACACAAGAGAUCAUCCAGGAAUGAUCCAGGUUUUCUUAGGUCAAAAUGGAGGGCUUGAUGCUGAGGGUAAUGAGCUCCCAAGAUUAGUUUAUGUUUCUCGUGAAAAGCGGCCUGGCUUCCAGCACCACAAGAAAGCUGGUGCCAUGAAUGCACUUGUCCGGGUGUCAGCAGUCCUUACUAAUGGACCUUUCUUGUUGAAUCUUGAUUGUGAUCACUACAUAAAUAAUAGCAAAGCCUUAAGGGAAGCAAUGUGUUUUCUGAUGGACCCAAACCUUGGGAAACACGUGUGUUAUGUGCAAUUUCCACAAAGAUUUGAUGGAAUUGAUAAGAAUGAUAGAUAUGCUAACCGCAAUACUGUGUUCUUUGAUAUAAACUUGAGAGGUCUUGAUGGUAUUCAAGGACCUGUUUAUGUUGGUACGGGAUGUGUCUUUAACAGAACAGCACUGUAUGGUUAUGAACCUCCACUCAAACCCAAGCAUAGGAAACCUGGGCUGCUAUCUUCACUUUGUGGAGGUUCACAAAAGAAAAGUUCAAAAUCUAGUAAAAAGGGCUUGCACAAGAAGAAAGCUGGGAAGCACAUUGACCCAACUGUGCCAACAUUCAGUCUGGAUGAUAUAGAAGAGGGCGUUGAAGGUGCUGGUUUUGAUGAUGAAAAGUCACUACACGUGUCACAAAGGAGCCUGGAGGAGCGGUUUGGUCAGUCUGCUGUUUUUGUUGCGUCCACACUUAUGGAGAAUGGUGGUGUUCCACAAUCUGCCACACCUGAAACACUUCUUAAGGAAGCUAUUCAUGUUAUCAGCUGUGGGUAUGAAGACAAAACAGACUGGGGAAGUGAGAUUGGUUGGAUCUAUGGUUCCGUUACGGAAGAUAUUCUUACAGGAUUCAAAAUGCAUGCCCGUGGCUGGCGGUCAAUUUACUGCAUGCCAAAUCCUCCAGCAUUCAAAGGGUCUGCUCCUAUCAAUCUCUCAGAUCGUCUAAACCAAGUUCUUCGUUGGGCCCUUGGUUCUGUGGAAAUUCUUUUCAGUCGUCACUGCCCAAUCUGGUAUGGUUAUGGUGGUAGGCUGAAAUGGCUGGAGAGGUUUGCAUAUGUGAACACAACCAUCUAUCCUGUCACUUCCAUUCCUCUUCUCAUGUACUGUACACUGCCAGCUGUCUGUCUUCUUACCAACAAGUUCAUUAUUCCCCAGAUCAGUAACAUAGCAAGUAUAUGGUUUAUAUCCCUCUUUCUUUCCAUCUUCGCUACUGGUAUCUUAGAGAUGAGGUGGAGUGGUGUUGGAAUUGACGAAUGGUGGAGAAAUGAACAAUUUUGGGUGAUCGGUGGUGUCUCCUCCCAUCUUUUUGCUGUCUUCCAAGGUCUUCUCAAAGUACUUGCUGGCAUUGACACCAACUUUACUGUGACGUCGAAGGCAUCAGAUGAGGAAGGGGAUUUUGCAGAACUGUACAUGCUCAAAUGGACGACCCUUCUCAUCCCACCAACUACUCUCCUAAUCAUAAACCUGGUAGGUGUUGUUGCUGGAAUCUCUUAUGCCAUAAACAGCGGUUAUCAAUCAUGGGGUCCUCUGUUUGGGAAGCUCUUCUUUGCCUUCUGGGUGAUCAUCCACCUGUACCCCUUCCUCAGAGGUUUGAUGGGACGCCAAAACCGGACACCCACCAUUGUUGUGGUGUGGUCGAUUCUGCUUGCCUCCAUUUUCUCUCUGUUGUGGGUGAGGGUUGAUCCCUUUACCACUCGAGUGACUGGUCCAGACGUGGAACAGUGUGGAAUCAACUGUUAAAGAGGGACGCUUAUUCUAAAACGUACAAGGUGGGAAUUGUUUUCUUCUCAGAUCGUGUUGCGUAUGGGAAGUGACAAUCACGUGCACUAGUAGUUAUGCAGUAUGUAGUAUGGAAUAAGAUUAGAUUAAAAGUUAGGUGGUAAAAUUUCAUGCGGGCGUGGUGUUAUAUACUGGUGUUGGACAUAAUACUACUUGGUAAUACCACUGUGUACAGAACAGGAUAUUUAUGGUUUUUCCAAUAGCAAUCGUUGAGAAGAUGGCAUCAACGUCCUUUCUGUCCUCUUUAAGUAUUAUUGUUACUUCUUCCAUUUUAUUUGUUUAUUUAUUUAUUUAUUUAUUUUUUUGUACAUAUGGCUGUGACCUAAGCACUGAAUGAUCAAGAAGAUUACUAUUUAUGUUUGUUUGUGUAUACGUAUGUAAAUUAAUCUAAAUAUGAAGA